CCUCCAGCCUGGACGGAGUGUCUCGGGUUCUGAAGCGUCACUCUGAAGCGCGAGCUGUGCGUCUGUAGCGCGCGCGCGCACGGAGCGGGAACAUUACGCGCAUCCAUUCGGCGCAUCCGCGGCGCGCGCGAGCAACAACUGGAUCAAAGCAGAUGUUGAGCCGGAGAGAAUCCGAAAUCCCAACAGGGCAGCGUGAUCCCGGCCGAACCGGGCGAUGCUGAUGGCACGGCGGAUUCCUGGUCAGGCUUUGCUCGAGCUGAUGGAUUAAACAAAUACAAGAGCUGAGGAGAGAGAGAGAGAGAGAGAGAGAAAGAGAGCGCACACGGAACAGGAUGAUUAAGAAACAAAAACAGAAGACCUUUACACAAGUUCUGCUGCUCAUUUGCAUGCUUACACUCUUGCUGUUACCAAUCCACAUUGCAGGACAUAAAGUUCAUCAUGUCAGGACAGGAACGUGUGAAGUUGUAGCAUUACAUCGAUGCUGUAAUAAGAACAAGAUAGAGGAACGUUCACAGACUGUCAAAUGCUCCUGUUUUCCUGGACAAGUGGCUGGAACCACACGAGCAGCACCUUCCUGUGUGGAUGCCUCCAUAGUGGAGCAGAAGUGGUGGUGUCAGAUGCACCCGUGCCUGGAUGGAGAGGAGUGUAAAGUACUGCCUGAUCUGAAAGGCUGGAGCUGCGCCACAGGGAACAAGAUCAAGACCACAAAGAUCUCUCCUGACCGAGAUCAGCUUUGGUAGCGGAUGGAAACUAGAUACAGGUUGACUGAGCUGGAGAUCUUGGCCUGUGGCUCCUCAUCUUGGGCUGUGGAUCUGAUCUGUGUAAAGACUGUUUGGUAAUGCAUACAGAACAAAGAUUUUCCAGGAUAUCCGUGUCGUGAGCACAUCUGGAUGCUGUUCUGUACCAUGGCUUUCUAAAGCUUGUUGUGGAUUUCUGUAGUUACAUAUUGCUUGCUGUUUUUGGACUUACAGACUUUCCUUUAUAUGAUUCGACAUGAAUCCAAGCGGGACAACAAUUUUGCCUCAAGAUACUUUUAUUUAUUUUAGCUUCCAAACGCAAAUAAAAUAAAGAAUAUAAAAAUUCGGCAUUGUAGAGGCACUAUGAUGUGUAUGAUAACAAUGUUUGUAAACUUUGUUCGUGUAGAUCAGAGAGCCUCAAAGUUCCACUAUGAAUGUUUAUGUAUACCUGUGUUAAUUAAGGCACUAUUAUUGCAUUAAUCUUUAGACAUUAAUGCAAUAAUCUUAAAAAAUGUAUUGCAUUAAUGUAUAAAGAAUAAGAAAGCUAUAGAGGUAAUUUUUUUUUUACAUAUACUGUAUAUGUAUAGUUGCAAAGGCUUCCUUAUAUGUACUGUAUGUCAAUAACCAAAUUACUCUAUAAUAAACCAUAUUUGUCUUUAAACCAUUUGUGUCUAUUAUAACAGAGAAAUGCAAUAUGAGGGUCGUUCAAGUGAAACCAGGACUUUUGAUUGCACAGAAAAACAGAGUAAGAACUCCCUUUAUUUCUCUCUAUAAUCCCCUGCUACACUAAUGCACUGAUCCCAGCGGAUCACUAGUGCUUGGACACCAUCAAGGUGUACAGUUCUCACAG